AUGAGUCUUUACAAUUUGGACCGGUUCCGCUUCGAGAGGAAGAGGAAAGGCGCGGAGCAGGAGCCGCUGUCCCCCUCGGCAGCGCAGGUGCAGGUGCCCGAUAGUGCCGCAGCGGGAGGUGCUGCGGGAGGGGGUGAGGAUGAAGCUGCAGACGAUGGCAGCAGGCCAGAUACUCCAGCUUCGGAUGUGACAGAGAGAGCUGAGUAUCCUGCCAUCCCAGAAACUCCUGAAGCUCAGAGGACAAUGAAACAAUCUUAUUUCAAGCAUCGACGAGGGGUACAGUUCCUGGAUGUGUCUUCAGAUGAAGAUGAAGAACCAAGAAACUUCAGUGCUGCGAAAGAGAACAGGGCUCCAAGGAGAGAUGCAGCUAUAAUCUUGGAUCUCUCUGAUGAUGAUGACCAGCCUGAAGAUGAACUAUCCCAGUUGGCAUAUGUAAAUGGUGGGGAUCAGCAGCCAGCUGUGAAGAAAGGUGUAGAGGAGGAAGACAUCAGAGACUCAAAGCUGCAAACGCUGAAGGAACUUUUUCCCCAAAGAAGUGACCAAGAAUUACGAAAACUAAUAGAGUCAGCAUGCACAAUGGAUGAAGCAGUAACUGCUGGUCUGAAGCUCAAUGACAAAGCUGCCUCUGGUAAAAGGAAAGUAAGGGAUUCUCCCACAAAUUGCAAAACUGGAAAUGAGCAAGUUGCAAAGAAGUCAAAAGCUACUUACCUGGAUGACUCAGAACCUGAAAGACAAUGGGAAAGGCAAGAGAUGCUUGUGAAGAAGCUGCAAAAUACAUUCCCUUCAUUGGAUAAGGAGGAACUGAGAGAUGUACUUCAGGAGCAUAACUGGGUGUUUCAUGAAGCACUGGAGGCCCUGAGAGUAUUUGCAGAAGAUGAUGAGGGCAUGGAAUUUCCUCCCAAAAGUGAAGCUUCUGACUGGACUGAAGCCUCCACCAAGAGCAGCAGUGAUGAAAGCAAAGAGAAGACAAAGCAGAAAUCUUCUGAGGAAGAGCAGAACGGCUUUCAGAAAAAGGACAAAGGCAAAAGGAGCAUUUGGAGCACUAAAAGAGAAGCAGAAGACUCUGAGGAUGAGUCAGCUUCCGAAGACGGUGACAGCUCCCUUGAUGAGGACUACAGCAGCAGUGACGAAGUGAUGGAGGAUGGCUACAAAGUGAAAAUCCUCAGCUUCCUGCAGGAUGCUUCCCCGAGUGAACUGACUCUGAUUCCCCAGUGUUCUCAGAAAAAGGCUCAGAAGAUAAUAGCACUCCGGCCCUUUAACAGCUGGGAGGCUCUGUUUACAAAAAUGACUAAGACAACUGGUUUGUCAGAAGAUAUAGUGUGGAACUGCAAGAUACUGCUGAAGGAGAGGGAUGUGGUUCUAAAGCUCAUGAAUAAAUGUGAAGACAUUUCAAAUAAACUGACAAAACAAGUAACCAAGAUUACUGAAGAUGGAGGAUGUGGAUGGAAUAUAGAGCAACCCUCCAUUCUGAAUCGCAGUUUGAAACUGAAGCCGUAUCAGAAGAUUGGUUUGAACUGGUUAGCACUGCUGCAUAAACAUGGAUUGAAUGGCAUAUUGGCUGAUGAAAUGGGCUUAGGAAAAACAAUUCAAGCUAUUGCAUUUCUAGCUUAUCUCUACCAAGAGGGCAAUAAAGGUCCCCACUUGAUAGUUGUGCCAGCUUCAACAAUAGAUAACUGGAUAAGAGAAGUUCAUCUAUGGUGUCCUGAACUGAACGUCCUAUUUUAUUAUGGAUCCCAAGAAGAUAGGAAACAUCUCAGGGUGGACAUCAGUAAUAAAGUUGUCGAUUUCAAUGUGAUUGUAACUACAUACAACUCUGCAAUUAGCAGCUCAGAUGACCGAGGACUGUUUCGCAGGUUGAAGCUUAACUAUGCAAUUUUUGAUGAAGGUCAUAUGCUGAAGAACAUGAGCUCUGUACGCUACCAGCACCUUAUGACAAUUAAUGCAAAGAAUCGUUUGCUGCUAACAGGGACUCCAGUUCAAAAUAACCUGUUGGAAUUGAUGUCCCUCUUGAAUUUUGUCAUGCCACAUAUGUUCAGCAGCAGUACAAGUGAAAUUCGAAGGAUGUUCUCUUCAAAAACAAAGGAUGCCGAAGAACAAAGCAUAUAUGAAAAGGAGAGAAUUGCACACGCAAAGCAGAUAAUAAAACCAUUCAUCUUGAGACGAGUCAAAGAUGAGGUCCUUAAACAACUGCCUCCCAAAAAAGAUCUCGUUGAGUUAUGUGCCAUGUCUGAGAAACAGGAACAACUGUACUAUGAUCUCUUAAACAAGCUCAAGAAAACAUUUAAUGGUAGUGAGAAAACCUCAGAUAUGGGAAAUGCAAUGAUGCAACUUCGAAAAAUGGCAAAUCAUCCUCUCUUGCAUCGUCACUAUUACACCACUGACAAGCUCAGGACAAUGUCCAUGCUUAUGCUCAAGGAACCCACACAUUGUGAUGCUAACCCUGACCUUAUCUUUGAAGAUAUGACAGUAAUGACAGAUUUUGAGCUGCAUUUGCUUUGUAAGCAAUAUUCUCACAUCAACGACUUCAAGUUAGACAUGGAUCGGAUCUUGGAUUCUGGAAAGUUUAGAGCACUGGAACGCAUUCUCUCUGACCUUAAAGAAAAGGGUGACAGAGUUGUGUUGUUUAGCCAGUUUACUAUGAUGCUGGAUAUCUUGGAAGUUUUCCUGAAACACAGGCAACAUAGAUAUAUUAGAUUGGAUGGAAAAACACAGAUUUCUGAUCGGAUACAUCUAAUAGAUCAGUUCAAUACAGAUAUGGGUAUAUUUGUAUUCCUCCUGUCAACCAAAGCUGGUGGCUUGGGGAUUAAUCUGACCUCAGCAAAUGUUGUUAUUCUUCAUGACAUCGAUUGCAACCCAUACAACGAUAAGCAAGCGGAAGACCGAUGCCAUAGAGUAGGUCAGACAAGGGAAGUAAAAGUCAUAAAGCUAAUUGGUAAAGGGACUAUUGAAGAAUCCAUGCUCAAAAUCAGCCAGCAGAAAUUGAAAUUAGAACAAGAUAUGACUGCAGCAGAUUCAGGUGGGUAAGGAAGCAUUCCAGCAGAUAUAGCCACACUACUGAAAGCUUCGUUGGGUCUCUAA